CUGGCUAUUGUGUGCGCUAAGCCGUGGGGGCUUUGUCGGGCGGGCGGGCGGUCUUUGUCCCCGCCGGGCCUCUUUGGGGGUCCCGCUCUAUUUUUGACACAUGAUUAGACGCGAUGGCCAAAUUGUUGGUUGGCGCAAGACCGACUUGACGGAGAGCAAACACCGACGUUGACUUGAAGAAAUGUAGAGAGAUUUUUGUUCAAAGGUCAUGGGCUCCAGAGCUGGCUGGCAACUGUUUAACUGGAAGAUAAGCGGCGGGGAAGACAAAGCGCCGAUGACUGGAGCUGACUGACGCCUCGGCGGCACAAUCUCAUUCUCUUCUCCUGACGAAGACAAAGCCAAGCGCAGGAUGUGGAGCAAGUUGCGCAACUAUCGGCGUUUGCUCUUCAUCGUGGUGACGCCGCCACUGCUGCUUCCUCUUCCUCUCCUCGUCGCCACCAAGGAGUCGCGCUGCGCCUUCGUUCUUCUUCUGAUGGCCGUCUUCUGGACCACCGAAGUCAUCCCGCUGCCCAUCACCGCCUUGUUCCCCGCCGUCCUCUUUCCAGCGUUUGGCAUCAUGACGUCAUCGCAGGUGGCCACGGCGUACUUCAGGGACUUCCAUUUGCUGUUGGUGGGCGUGGUGUGCCUGUCCACCGCCAUUCAGAAGUGGGGGCUCCACCGCAGGACGGCCCUGCGUCUGGUGGGCGCCGUGGGCGUGGAGCCGGCCCGCCUGACGCUGGGCUUCAUGUCGGCCUGCGCCUUCCUCUCCAUGUGGGUGCACAACACCUCGGCCGUUACCAUGGUGAUGCCCAUCGCCGAGGCCGUCCUCCGCCAGAUCCGGGGGGCGCUCGAGCCGGGACGCAAAGACUGUCACCCGCGACCGGACGGUAAGCGACGGCGCCCCCUUUCAGGUGCUUUUCAGGACGACUUUCAUGGUUGACUUUUCCCAAAAAUGCAGAUUUCCGAUGAUGGCCGGCAGGUGGCGCGCGCGACGGCGCUCCCCGGCGACCUGAUGGUGGGCAAGGCCAUGUGCAUCGGCGUGGCCUACGCCUCCAACAUCGGCGGCAUCGCUACCUUGCCGGGAACGUCGCCCAACCUCAUCUUCUCCGAGUAUCUGCAGCAGAUUUACCCCGAAUGCGAGCGCCUCAACUUUGGUACUUGGAUGGCGUUGUGUUUGCCCAUCAGCCUGCUGGUGUUGCUGCUCACGUGGGCGUGGCUCUGCUGGCUCUUCAUCGGCUCCGACGUUGGGUCGCUACGGCGAUGCCGAGGAGAGCGCUCCGAGAGGGAACAAGCCACCAGGAAAGUCAUCCGAGACCAGUACAAAGCGCUCGGACCCAUCAGCGGUCAGGAGGUCUUCACGCAGGUGGUCUUCUUGCUGAUGGUCUCCUUGUGGCUGACGCGAUCGCCGGGCUUCGUUCCGGGCUGGGCCGCCGCCUUCCCCGGUCACGCCGAGCACGUGAGCGACGCCACCGUGGCUCUGGUCCUGGGACUUCUCUUCUUCCUGGUGCCCGCCCACGGACCCAGCCGCCCAUAUGAGAGCAUGAUCUCCUGGGAGGAGUUCCAGGCCUCCAUGCCGUGGAAAGUGUGUCUUUUGGUGGGAGGAGGCUUCGCCCUGGCCGAAGGUACAAAGGAGUCGGGUUUGUCCCAGUGGGUUUCGGAUCUUCUGUCCCCUCUGGGCCAUCUCCCGCCACUGGCUACCAUGACCGUGACUUGCAUCAUUGUCACCACGGUAACCGAACUGGCCAGCAACGCCACCACCAUCAGCAUCUUCCUGCCCAUCCUCUCGCCGCUGGCGGAAGGCAUCGGCAUCAACCCCUUGGCCCUGCUGAUCCCGGCCACGCUGUGCACGUCCUUCUCCUUCCUGCUGCCGGCGUCCAAUCCUCCCAACGCCGUGGUUUUCGCCUACGGACACUUUAGCGUGGCGGACAUGGUGAAGGCGGGGCUGGGCGCCAACGUGAUCGGCCUCUUGGCAGUGGUGUUGGCCGUCAGCACCUGGGGCGUGCCUUUGUUCUCUCUGGAUACGUAUCCCCAUUGGGCGCCGCAGUCGAACGCCACCGCGCCGUGACGCAUGCUGACGGGUGCGUCACCAUGUGUAUUUUGAGUUUGAUUCCUUGCUUUUUAACUCAUCCUUUUUGUAGGAACGCCAUAGUAGUAAAGACAGGGGGAAAAACAAGAGUUGGAGAAAUUGUCCAACGUACAGUGGACGCAGCUCACUUGAGGUCCAGAUUUUUUUUGGGGGUAACAUUACAAUUGUCACACAGCAUCGGUACAAUAUUUCUGUCAUUUCAACCCAAUAAAUGUGUUGAAAUUGUUUUCAAA